GUUCUUGAAUCGUGGGCAAUCCCGCCCAUCUUCAUCCGCUUUGGAUCUUGCCUUCGACGCCUGCUCUCCCCCUAGCAUGUUCAGUCAGUCCCGGAGAUUUCAACCUUAGGAGGUCUCAUCCUUCUCAGUGCAACAAAUCUAGAGAGGGGGCCUAAUAUGCUCCUUCCGGCCGCUCUUCUACUCGCAACCGGCCUCUUCGCACGCGCUCUCUCCCGAGGCGGGGCCCCCACACCGCAGGCGAUAAUGUCUGAAGAGAUAGAUAUUGACCAACCCCAUGUGGGCGGGAUCAGGAAUGCGUAUAAUAUGGAAGAGCGGUGCAAAGUAAUCGAACAGUUGGGAGGCACUUUCUACGCAGAACCUAGGGAGUGUCCGGACCUCGAUUUGGCAUAGGACUCCUCUCUGGCUUUAGAUUGGACUCACUCCUUACAAUUGUUUGGUUUAUCACAGGGAAUCUAGUACUAUAUAUAUAUAUAAACGGGUUGACAACCAACUUCGCUUUAUCAAUACCCACUCAACAAACCCAACUAGAGCAGGCAAGCUAGAAUCAGUUUCACUGCCAAUGGCAUCGGAUAUGCUAGUUAGGGUCAUCAAGACGUAUCCCCUGUACAGUGGGCAACGCCCCGGUCCUACGCAC